AUGGGCAACAAUGAUCAAAACACCCAAUCUGCUGGCAGUCAAGAAGCCCUCGUCGACGAUGACACCAAAUCACAAAACACACAAGAUGAAUCCAGUAUCAAAAGCAGCCGCGCCCUCGCAGCCUCCCUUGUGAGCCAAUGCCGCAAUCUCCUUGACGAGAUCGACACGCUCCAGUCCAUGCUCUCCCGAACCCUACGCAACCCGCAGCUCGUCGAAGUCCGCUCGCUCAGAUCCAACGUCCUGUCCGAGCUACGGAUGCUCGAAAAACUCGCCGGCAAGAUCAAUACCGUCACGGCGGCCACAAGCGCGGAAGACGGCGACGGGCCGGAGUUACGGCUUCUGCAUGCGCUGCGGUCGUCGAAUCUACCCUUCUACGAGGCGGUUUGGAACAUCGCUAAGAAUACGUGCACUGGCUUGGUAGCUUUUGGGAAGCGGUUUUACUGGGAUGGAGCGGCGGGUGCGGGGGAGGGCGGGAAAGGGUGGACGAAGAAACGGCCGAGUCAGGAUGUUCGGAAGAGUGUCUUUGUGGAUAUCGUGGCAGAUAACGGUGAGGAAUGGGUUAAGGUCUCGACCAUUUCGGAGACUCGGUUGUUGUUUGAGAUGGCUAAGAAAGGCUGGGAGGCGGAUUCGGACGAUGAUGAAGAAGGGGAAGAGAGGACCGUGUUACGAAAUUACGACAAUGAUGAGUAUGACAGCGGGGACGACGACGACGAUGAAGUUGAGCUCAUCAAGUUGGCGGGCGAUAUGAGGAAGGCUGCCAAUGCUACGCGAGUCAGGUACAAACAUCCUCGGCUGCGAUUUGUGAUCCCGAAGAUUGAGGAAGGGCAAUGCCCUGAGAUUGAUGAUCUAUUAAAAGUGGUUCGAGACUAUGGUAUCAUAGUGAGCUGUGGGGGGGAUAUAGCCAAGACACAGGCAGUGAACGGUGAUGAGCCCAAAGAUGCAGCAGUUCAGGAAGACAGCCUAGCUCAUUUGCUUCCCAAUCACUUCGCACAAUUCACUCCAGUGCUGAAUGUGGACUGCACACUGCUGCUGGCAGCAGUUUCUGAUCUGUCGCAUUACAAGGCCGUAGUCCUAUCUGCCAAUCACCAUAAGGCCAUCUUUAGGCAGGUCGAGGUGGAGAAGCAAAGGCCGUUGCUGCCCACGGAGCUUUGGCCAGCAAUGACUGGACAUGAGUUGAUCUGCACCACGGAGGCUGCAAGACGGAUGCGGGAGAUAGUCGAUACCAUCGGUACCGAUGCCGAAAAGAAACGCGCAGAGCUUCUGAUGGGACAUCCUCCUUACGAGGACUGUGACGUAACUUCUCUCCUCCAUAAGUUUCAAGAGCUUUCGGAUUAUGAAGUGCCUUCUGGGUGGCGGAUCCCUAUCAAGACGGUUGAGUCGAAAUCCGUAAUCGAAUCAGCAACGGAUCAAGGAAUCCUCCCUCCAGUGUCGCACCAAGUCGCGGGGAUCUUGUCAGACAUCAAUUACAGUGUGUUCAUGUACGGGUGGGUCACAGGAGUUACGACCAUAUCCAGCAAUCGCACUGUCGUCAAGCAAAUUGAGUCCACGAUCGAGGAACACAGAAAUGGCGAUGAAGAUUUGGAGGGACCACUUGUGUGGGUGUGUGACACUGCCAGAAGUUUGGCAGGUAAAGACAAAGACCGGAGAGUGUAG